CGCUCAACUUCCAACCUCACGCCUCAGCCUCCACCCCCAGCGGCCGUUUCCACAGCCGCCCCAACGCGCCUACGAAUGCGGUCGCCACUGGCCCGCAUCUAUAACCGCCCCUGUUGCGCACGAGAUCGCCGGAAUCAAGGCGGGGGCGAUGGGGCGAGGCCACGGCACAAGGAGACGUGCUAAGAGUCUUCGUAGGCGUUAUGUGCUAAGGCUGCGGCGGGUGAUGUUGAUAUAUAUAUCUUGUGAUGGAGAUCCACUAACUUCGCAUAUGCAUAUCACUAACUAAACACGUUCAUUAUGAGAUACGCAGCUUGUUUCUACCUGGUCGCCUGCGCAGCAGCGCAACUGCAAUAUGGGCAGCACACCGAUGCGCCGGGCUCGAACUCGCCUGGUUCUUCUUCCGUUAUUACGUACAUGUCUUCUGUCUACACGAUAUCCAUCUUCGACCCGUCCAACGCACUCACCUACGGCGCGUCGAAAACGACCAUCAACCGCCCUUCUAUCGAGACGACUGAGAGCGCGAGACACUCGCAUUCUUCUUCUUCACACAAAUUAGGUUCAUCUGCGGUUACGAAGACGCAGGAGAGCAGUUCCGCGACUGCGCCUACGCUAGAGGCCUCCGUUUCUCCGUCAUCGAGUGCGGCCUCUUCGGUUCCUCCGGCGCCGGCUGAGCAGACUAUUGGUGCUGCAUCGCGGAUAUACUCGUGUGGAGCUGGGGUGAUGGCUGGAUGUGUGCUUGCGUGGAUUGCUUUGCUAUAAAGGUGGACAUGUGCAUGGGAUCGUUUGAAGGCAUUACACGGCCUCACGGGGAUGAUGUUGUUUUCACUAUGGUAAAGCCAGAUAUCCAUGAGAAGGCGUUGCUGUUGCAUUUUGAUGGGUUGUAAUCAUAUUCUGAUGGGACAAAUUCAGGUGUAUUUUUGGCUUCUUAAGGAGCUUGGUAUAGGACAGGCGGAGCAGAUACUAGUGCCGAGGGGUAGCGCCCUAAAGAACUACUCGAACAGU